AUGCUCCUGAUCUCUCUCCUGCUCUUCACGGUCCCCGUUUGCCGCGCGGCAGAGGGUGGUUACCGAGCAGACUUUGUGUUGGACGCGGAGGACGCGGUGGCGCAGGGCGCGGUGCUGUUGGCCACAGUGAAUGCGCAGAGCAGAGAGGAGUGCGAGCGCGCGUGCGUGGACCUCCCGCCGUGCAACCUUGCCCUCAGCGAGCCACACGACGCAUGCGCAUUGUUCGACUGCGUGUACCGGAACCGCUUCGUCUGCAACAGAUUCCAGAACCGCGGCGGGUACCAGACUUUUGUGACCAAGAAACUUUAUGAGACCUUUCUACAAGCCCCACCCACUACAGGUGACCAGCGGCGGCCAAUCGCGGUGGGGGGGCGGGACUUAGUGGUGCAACCUGGAGAGAGUGUGCUGCUCAAUGGCAUCGAGAGCCUCAGUCCUGGAACCAUCCAACAGUACAUCUGGAACCAGCAGAAAGGGGACCAGGCCACUGUGGAGAGGACACAGUACCCAGACCAGGUGAAUGUCUCAGGUCUGGUCUCUGGUUCUUACUUGUUUGAGCUCAGAGUCACAGACUCCAACGGGAACUCGGCCUCAGACACCGUCCUGGUUCAGGUUCUGAGUCCAGAGCAGAGCAGCCUGUUUUGCCUCGCACCUCCUAAGGUGGGUCCAUGUCGCGCCUCCUUCACCAGGUGGCGCUAUGACGCAGUGUCCGGCGUGUGCAGGAACUUCACGUUCGGCGGCUGCAAAGGAAACUACAACAACUUCCUGUCUGCAGCGGCGUGUGAGACGGCGUGUCGCGGGGUCCAAGCCUCUUUGGAGAGAAGUGCGCCCCCUCCAGGAUCCAAGGAGUGUGUGUCUGUGUGUGCGCCGCUGCAGAUGUUGUGCGACACUAACUGCUGCGUUCACAAAAGUCUGGAGUGUGAUGGAGUUCAACAGUGUGUGGACGGGACGGACGAGAGAGAGUGUGGCAAAGUAAAUCAAACGUUCAACCGACUUCUGAACAUUGAAUUGGAUCAGAAAAAGGCGCGCUGCUCCCUCCCCCCUCACACAGGACCAUGUAGGGCCAGUUUCUCUCGAUGGUUCUAUGAUCCUGUGAGACGUCAAUGUCAAAGCUUCACGUUCGGAGGCUGUGACGCAAACGGCAACAACUGGGAGGAGGAGGCGCAGUGUGAGGAGGCGUGCCGAGGAGUCACAGAGGAGGACGUCUUCGCUCCAGGGAUGUUCAAACGCUUCGAAGACGAGGAUGAGUCUCAAUCAGGUUCCAUUGCGCUCGCUGUGAUUCUGACAGUGACACUUCUGGCUCUGCUCGCUAUCGCCUCCUACUGUUUCAUCAGGAGAAAGAAGAGUCACCAGCCAGUGCCCACGGACCAGAACUAA